CUCCUCCUCAGAACCUGUUGUGCUGCUGCCCUUUACCUUCCUUUCCUUCGCAGGGUUCGGUUACUGGUUGUUGGGAGCUCGCCUGUUGCAUCUUGCCCCAGGGGAAGGCGGCUGGGAUGCCGGGGGGAGCUCAGAGCUGUUCAUCACACAGCCAGACCGCUGGCCACGUGUUUCCCUGCAGCUAGAGCAAGUGUUGUCUGACUCGGGGGCCCCUCCCCCAAAACAAUGUGCUGCUGCUACUGAACAUCUGGAGAGGGCAGGUCCUCCGGGUGGCUGCUGGCAUUGGAGCAGGCUAGCAGGGAGGGGGGCGCGCCCCCACUGCAGGCUCAGAGCUGGGUCCACCUAGUCCCCGGAGCCCCGGCUGUGGUGCUGCAGCUGCCCCUGCGCUCUGCCUUGCCUUCUCCGCCCCCCUUCCUCCCCUCCCCCAUCUCCCUCUCCCUCCCCUCCCGCUUUCCCCUCCCCCUCGCAGUUCUGCAGCAGUCGGGGCUGGAGCACACGCCGGCUUGGCAGGCUCUCGGGGCCGAGGAUGCGUUCGGGCUUUUGUUCCCAUUGCGCCAGGCACAGGGGCAGCUCGAGUUCAGACUCCUGCCGAAGCUUCUCCCUCUUCCCCCGCGCCGCAUCCUCUCCCCAGAUGUUCAGCCAGCCGGGGUGUUAGUGUCAGCCGUCUCUGGUGCCUGUGUGUGAACUUGCUGGCAAGGCUGCUGCCGGGAGGAGGCUGUCGAUUGAGCCGGAUUUAAAGGGGAAUUGUGCUGCAGACAAUGCUCAGCAGCAGCAUCUGGAGCAGCCCUGGGGACCCAGCUACACAUUGCUACACACCCAGCCAGGCACAAUGACAGCAGCUGCCUGGAGCGGCUGCAGGCAGCAGGCGGGAGCAUGAAGUGAAGGGAUCACUGCAGUGCUCAAGAUGAACUCCACCUUGGUUGGUAACCAGAGUGGGCGGCCAUUCUGCCUCCUGGCCAUUAGCUACUUGGAGACGGUCAAUUUUUGCCUCCUGGAAGUGAUUAUAAUAGUCUUCCUCACCGUGCUGAUCAUUUCAGGCAAUAUUAUAGUGAUAUUUGUCUUUCACUGUGCACCUUUACUGAACCACCACACCACCAGCUACUUCAUCCAGACGAUGGCAUAUGCUGACCUCCUGGUGGGUGUGAGCUGUCUGGUGCCUUCUUUGUCCUUACUCCACUAUCCCAUUGUUUUGAGAGAGUCCUUGGUCUGCCAGGUCUUUGGUUAUGUGGUAUCUGUGCUCAAAAGCGUCUCCAUGGCCUCUCUGGCUUGCAUUAGCAUUGAUAGAUACAUUGCCAUCACCAAACCACUGACCUACAAUACUCUGGUCACCCCGUGGAGACUCCGCGUCUGCAUCCUGAUCAUUUGGCUGUACUCCUGUGUAGUCUUCUUACCUGCCUUCUUUCACUGGGGAAAGCCUGGAUAUCAUGGGGAUGUGUUUCAGUGGUGCGCCGACUCCUGGUACACUGAUCGCUAUUUCACUCUCUUCAUCGUGAUGAUGCUCUAUGCCCCUGCUGCUUUCAUCGUCUGCUUCACAUACUUCAAUAUCUUCCGCAUCUGCCAGCAGCACACCAAGGAAAUCAAUGAAAGGCGAGUGCGCUUCAGCUCCCAGGAUGGGGAGGCUGGGGAGGCACAGCACUGCCCCGAUAAGCGCUAUGCCAUGGUUCUCUUCCGCAUCACCAGUGUCUUCUAUAUCCUCUGGUUGCCCUACAUCAUCUAUUUUUUGCUGGAGAGCUAUGCUGUCUAUAGAAACCACACUGCAUCCUUUUUGACCACUUGGCUUGCCAUUAGCAACAGUUUCUGCAACUGUGUCAUUUACAGUCUCUCCAACAGUGUUUUUCAGAAGGGGCUCAAGCGCCUCUCGGGAGUUGUUUGCGCCUCUUGCGCAAGACAGAGGGUAGUUAAGGACUCCUCAACCUCUAGGAGCAAAAGACCUUCCAAUGGAUGCCAUGUCUAAGGAGCAGAUCGCUGUGACUGGGAAAUGCAGGCAGUCAUGUAAAUUGCAAAAUAAGUUAAAAACAGUUUUAAGAUGCCAGGUUAGCAAAAAGGUUUCUGAGAAAUGCUGCUGACUCAAAAAUCAGGAGCGUGUAUUAUUGUUUUCACUUUAAAAUUUCAUCAUGGUGUUGGGGUAGAUGGUGUGUGACCUCCAUAUUCAUUUUAAGAAUAAAGCUGUAUCCUGACACUUUUUCUGGCAUGACUGAAUGUAGUGGGUGUGUGUGAGCUUCAGCAAAAAUGGUGUGUGGUUUUUUUUUUUACAGCUUUACGAGGCUGUUUCAAGAUUUAUGCUCACAUAGAAAUGAUUUCUCUCAAGUGGAAGUGUUACAGUAUAAUGGUGUAUUGCAGGGAUUUUUUUUGUGUAUUUCAAAGCAUAUUGACUCUGUGUGUUCUUACACUGCAAUAUAAGGGGCCAAAUGGUUUGUCUUUCAGCUCUACCUAGACAGAGCUCUAGAAUAUAGUGAAUAAUGUGAACACUUUAACAUUAACUUAAACUUGUAAUGAGCCAUGAACGCAGCAAUGUGCUCAAAACAGUGAGACACUUUUGAAAACUGAUCUGGUCUCUGUGCCCUGUUUUACCAGUAGAAUUCUUGUAUGUGAUUGGAGUACAGUAUUUAUAUUUUCCUUUUUGAACAACUUGGAUCAGACCAAAGUUAGCAGUUUAAUAAAACAUUUUUU